AUGAUCGUAAGUGAAAAUCAGCAACAAACCGCAGAAGCUGAGGACAAACUUAAUUCACAGGUGAUAAAUGAAUCUAUUAACGACAAAUCCAACAAAAUCAAAGAAAAACAUACACAGAUAAGAGAAAAUCAAAUAUUAAAUAGUUCUACUGAUGAUAAAUGGUAUACAGAGACUCAAACAAAUCACAAAAAUACUAUCAAAUCCGAACAAUUACAUUUAAGGAAAUCAAAUUUUAAAAGACACAUACAAACAGAUGAUCAAAAGAUACAAAUACCUAGUGAAGAAUAUUUUAAAUGGCCGACGUGGAUAGAACAAAGUGAUACUGUGUCGUUCUACAGAGGAUCACACAUACCCAUAGACAUUCCCCAAUUCGAAGAACAAAGAGUAUUUGAACCAGAUGAAGACAAUAGAAUCAUAACAACAUUGAUGCAUUCCCAAAUGCGUGUGGAGCCCAAAAUUGUUCAGGGGACUGUUGCUCAGGCAAGGGACUUCCCAUUUCUGGUGUCUUUAAAGAGAGUAGUUCAGAAGAUUUCAAAAACAAGAAUGUUAUGGAAAAAUUACUGCGGAGGGAGUAUUAUAAACUCCAAUAAAGUAGUCACAGCUGCUCAUUGCUUUGAAAUGAACAAAUACGACUACUACUAUCACCCAAAUAAAUUACGCGUCGUUGCAGGCAAUUUGACUAAUAAAUUAUAUCAUUCAGGUAACACUUCAAAUUCAAACCAAAAUCAAGUGCGGCAAAUCAAAUUAGUAAAACUGCAUCGCAAUUUCAACUUUCCCACCAACGAUAUUGCUCUCGUGUUUGUUGACGAACCUUUUCGAUUUAACAACCCAAUGAGUGUAAACUUCAUAGUCCCUGCAAAAUAUCAUACCGACUAUGCGAGGCAAUGCUAUGCAGCAGGAUUUGGACAAACAGGGUCAAAACUGAAAAAGGACGGAUCUGAUCAAUUACUAUUUGCUGAGAUAAACUUAUUGCCCCGGCAAGAAUGCAAUAAAGUUUGGGAAAUGAAUAUGAUUACGUUUUUGUGCAGUCCGAACGUCUUUAAGGGAGUGAGUGGGGGAGACUCUGGUGGUCCCGUGGCUUGCUUUGAGUCGUUAGAUCCUUCUUCAAAGUUAGGAAGUGGGAAGUUACUUGUUGGAAUAAAAGUCUCGGAGACGAAGCAUUUAUGGAGUACUUACUGUGGAGGGAGCAUAAUUCACCCGACAAGAGUUCUGACUGCCGCUCAUUGCUUUGAUAUGAAAAAUUUCUAUUAUUUGACUCAUUUUAGUUUAUUACGUGCUGUCGCUGGCAGCACCGAUAAUCAUAUUGAACAUCAAGGGUUCACUACAGAUGAGAACGGCGUACAAUGGCGGCAAAUCACUGACGUUCAACUCCAUUACGACUUUCAUUUUCCAGUAAACGAUAUUGCUAUAAUAAACGUUGACAUUCCUUUUGAUUACAACAGAAUUAUUAGCUAUUACAAUGCUUAUCAGAAUAACCCAGACUAUGAAGGAACUUGCUUUACAGCUGGAUUUGGACAGAUAGGCGUAGUCGCUAAAGAGAAAGUCUCGAAGGUUUUACUGUGGGCCGAAAUACACCUUAUAGCUAAAGAAAGAUGUACAGCAAUUUGGGGGAUGAAUAUGGACAAAUUUGUUUGCAGUGAUACUAUCGUCACUGAUAUAUCUGGAGGGGAUGCUGGAGGACCUUUGGUUUGUCCGUUAACCCACCGUAAAACGGUGAGGACUGAUGAUAACAGGAAUUUCGUGUUGGUCGGUAUUGCGAGUGGGAAGAACAGUGAUAAAACUCGUCUCUACACCAGAGUUGCGGCGUACCAGAAUUGGAUAGAUGAGCCUACGUAUCGGACGUCGUGUGCUCGGCGGUACACAUACCUGAUGUGUACUGAAUAUCCAGGCAAAAAAAAAAAAAUUCUAGCUAACCCCGACGACUAG